AACCGAGAAAACAAGAAGCUUUGAUGCCACUUUAAACGGAUAUUUGUUUCUAAUCCUACAUCUUAUUGAAGAGACAAGCAUGAGCGGCUUUAGAAGACCAGACAGACACAGGACACUACCGUUCUCCAGGGCAACAAACCUGGCAACAUCCAAGCUUGAGCUGGAGAGAGACUCGGGCUUCUCAGAUGCCAGCUCUGGGUACCUCAGUGCAGUUGAUCUGACCGACUCUGAAGAUGCAGGAAGGAAUGGGUCUGUAGUCGGCCAGGACACAACAGCGCCGCAGGUAGCUGUGAUGGGAGGCUCGUAUGGUGGACUGUCUCCAAUGAUAAUUAUGAACAACUUUGUCCUAAAACAGCCAACCCAGAUGGCUCCAGCAGAGAAACAAUGGGGCUUACCUUCACCCCUGGAAGUGAUGCCUCAGUCUCAAGUGGUUCUUCUUCAACCCAUGGUAUCAAACAGCAGCAGCAGUUCCCCAAAGACUGGCUCUGAAAAUAUCAGACAAUCAAAAAGCUACAUGCCCAUCCUCAAGUCAUAUCCUCGAAUUGCCCCACAUCCUGGGGAGGCGCCCUCUAAGAGGCAAGGAUCUUCCAAAAUGAGGCAAAGUUCGACCUCGGGAUAUGACCAUCGACAGAGGAGACGCCACCACCACAGCCACAGACCCUACAGCUCCCCGAGCCCACAGCCAGCCCUGCAGACGCCAAUCAAACUCGUUACCAACUUUGAAGUAGCAAACAACCAAGUGCAGGCAGCUGAAAGUCAGGAGCAACUCAGCGACAAGUCUCCCUCCCCGCUGACAGGGACAAGCUCUUUGCUCCACUACACACAUGAAUGUAGGAUAGAGGUUGACAGCGACAGUAUCCACGAUGACGAAGACCAGGACAACCUCUCAGUGGACAGUGAGAAACUCAAACGUUUCAGCAAUACCUACAACAUACUCAACAAAUGUGGCUUGCUGGGUAUCACCAUGCGCACAAAGCAGCUGAUCAAGGAGAAUAAGCGAACCCAAGGCCAGCUGCAGCAGCUUCAGGAGCAAACGGCUCUGCUGCUGGAAGCUCUGAGCAGCGGAGACCCGCAACUCUGGUCUAAACUCCAGCUCUCUCUGCAGGACACAGACAGGGAGAAGUUAGGAGUUAAAGCUCACAGAGUCCUUGCGUAAUAUACUGUAAUGGUGGUCAUGGCCAGCAGUUCUUGAUCAGGGAACCACAAUAUUUAUUUAAUGUAAAAAAAUAUCUUAAAUCUUAUCAAUAAAAUCUUUUUUUAAAAAUAGUCAGCACCACUUCCAUCUAACAUUAUAAAUAAUCCAACUAUAACGUAUAACUAAAUUAUAUGCUUUUACACUACUGAAGGGUAUAAAUCAUCUUAUAUUUGGGGGUCAUGGAGCCAAAAAUAUUAAGAACUGCUGGUCUAAACUCCAAACAUGAAGCUGAAGCACAUCCACUAUUACCAAGUGGAAGUUAAGAAGCAUGCGUACAUUUCAAACCCUCGCCUAUAAUGAAUUUUCUUGCCUCUGCUGUUUCAAAAUAACAAGUAUUACUUACUAUAGGGCUAUGGCUUCUAUAUUUUGAACUCUUAAUUGCAUAAACGCAUGCCUUACUGCACAUGUGAGGACAGACGGGGUUAAUUUCAUAUUCAUGCCUUGGAUGUGACUGCUUUAAGAAAAAAAAAGAAAAAAAGAUAAUAAUUUUAAGCCAAGGCUUGAGGGAUGAUGAAGCCAAAUGGACCACUUUGGUCCAGACUGAAAUAUCACAAAUGUUGAAUGGAUUGCUAUGAAAUUUUGUAGAGACACUCCUCAGAGGAUGAAUCCUACUGACUUUGGUUAUCACUUGACUUUUCCUCUGGCACCACUAUGAGGUUGAGAGUUUAGUUCUGUAUUGUAAUAUCUGGACAGCUAUUAGAUUGCUGUACAAUGUGGCACUCCCAUUCCUAAUCUGCAGAGGCUGAACUGUAAUAACUAAUCUCCUGACUUUUCAUCUAGCGCCAAUAUCUGCAAAACUCAUGACAUUACCCUCAGCCUUUGUGUUCAGUGUUUAUUUUAAAAUAUUAGCAUGCUAACAGGCCAAAACAACAAGAUGGUGAUAGUAAACAUACCUGUCAGACAUCAACUUGUUAGCAUUAUCAGUGUGUGCAUGUUAGCAUGCAGAUGUUAACACUUAGCUCAUGUACAGCCCCACUGAGCAGCUAGCGUGGAUGUAGCUUGUUACUUUGUAGAUCAAAUAGAAAACUUGGUGUCGAUAUAUGUGGGCUGUGUUUCAGUUUCCUCUCAAAGGGGCAAUGUCUUGUCAGUUACAUGGUCUUUAAAUUUAAUUGUAAUUGAAACCCUUGAAUCAAGCAGAUGUUUACUUUGUCAAAAGGUGUCUCCACUGACUGCUUGUGUUCUCAAACAACAGCUGGAUAGCCCACAGUGAGGCUACAGAGGGCUGGCUAAACGUUUAACUUUUUUUAAUAUAAUUUUGCUACUUUAUGUCAUUACUAUUUAUGUAUAAUAUUUUUGAAGAAGACUAAAGCUGUGUUAAUAAUAUAAACAA